UAGCAAAUAUAUAAUCUAGAUUUUUAAAGUUGCUACAUAUAUAGAUAUAUAUAUAGAUAUACACAAGUUCUACUAGUAGUGAUGGCAUACUACUUGUACAUCCCAAAGUGGCUCUUCUUGACUGGAAUAAUUGCAAUGAAGUACUACUGUUGCGUCACCGCUGCAGCGGUGGCAAGGAAGGGCAAAGUUCCGGCGGUCAUAGUGUUCGGAGACUCGUCAGUGGAUGCGGGAAACAACAACCAGAUUCUCACACUUCUGAAGAGCAAUUUUAAGCCCUACGGCCGUGAUUUCUCCGGCAGUCGCCCCACGGGGCGGUUCUGCAAUGGUCGGAUUCCGCCGGAUUUCAUCUCGGAGGGUUUUGGCUUGAAACCUGCUGUUCCGGCUUACUUGGAUCCCAUGUAUGACAUCUCGGACUUUGCCACCGGCGUUUGCUUUGCUUCUGCCGGAACUGGCUACGACAAUGCAACCUCUGAUGUACUAAAUGUGAUACCACUUUGGAAGGAAGUGGAGUACUACAAGGAGUACCAAAACAAACUGAGAGCCCAUCUUGGCGAUCGGAAGGCAAACAGAAUUUUGAGGCAAGCAUUGUAUUUGGUAAGUUUAGGAACAAACGAUUUCCUCGAGAACUACUACAUCUUCCCCCGCCGGCAAUCCCAAUUCACCGUCGAGGAGUACCAAGAUUUCCUCGUCGGGAUUGCUCGAAAUUUCUUCACAAAACUCCACAGCCUUGGAGCUAGAAAAUUUUCCCUAACUGGUGUCCCCCCCAUGGGGUGCUUGCCAUUGGAGAGAGCCACAAAUAUUUUUGGUCACAAUGAGUGUGAGGAGAAGUAUAACAAAGUGGCUGCGCAAUUCAAUGCAAAGUUGAAGAAUAUGGUGGCAAAGCUGAAUCAAGAGCUCCGUGGCCUUAGAUUGGUGUUCACGGAUAGUGUUUAUGAUAUCUUUUAUGACAUGGUUAAGAAGCCUUCUUCAUAUGGAUUUGAGGUUGUGGGAGUGGCAUGUUGUUCUACAGGGACAUUUGAAAUGAGUUAUCUCUGCAGUGAGUUAAAUCCAUUUACGUGCAGUGAUGCAAAUAAGUAUCUAUUUUGGGACGCUUUCCAUCCGACAGAGAAAACUAAUCAUAUUAUAUCCAGUCACUUGAUUCCUUUUCUCAAACAGAAGUUUCUUAAUUGAUCCAUUUUUCUGUACCUCACUGGAGAAGGGACAAAAAAAAAAAAAAAAAAACAGCCCUAGCUCGACAUUGUUUUGUAGAAUGUGAUAUGUGAUUAUUAUCUUGAGCUUUCUAUGCUAUAUAAUAUCU